CAGUGGGACAGGACCAGGGCACCCCUCCCUCCUACUGAAAUAUCACAUUAAACCAUAACAAGAUGGCCUCCUUGUCAGUGGAUCCAGUGACGGAGCCACGGAUGUACCAGCAAACGCUCCUACAAGAUGGGCUCUGCAAUCUCCUGGAUGUUAACAAGUUUGUGGACUGUGUUCUGAAGAUCAAAGACAAAGAGUUUCCUUGCCAUCGGCUAGUGCUAGCCGCUAGCAGCCCUUACUUCAAAGCCAUGUUCCUUUCGGACCUGGAAGAGAGCAAAAAGUGGGAGAUUGUACUAAAAGACAUCAAACCUGGGGUCAUGGGAAUGAUCCUGAGGUACAUAUACACCUCGGAUAUCAACCUGACUGAGCAUAACGUCCAAGACAUUUUCAUGGUGGCCAACAUGUACCAGAUUCCAUCAAUCUUCAGCAUGUGUGUGUCAUAUCUGCAGCAGAAGCUGGUUCUCAGUAACUGUCUGGCCAUCUUUAGAUUAGGACUGUUGCUGGACUGUCCGCGUUUGGCUAUGGAGGCGCGGGACUUCAUCUGUGACCGGUAUGCCCUCAUCACUCGGGACCAGGACAUCCAUCAGUUGGGUCCCGGUGAGCUGGCUGCAAUCAUCACAUGUGACUCCCUGAAUGUGGAACGAGAAGAGUUGGUGUUUGAAUCUCUCAUGGAGUGGGUGGAGUAUGACACGAACGAGAGAUUGAAGGACCUGCCACAACUUCUACACUGCGUACGUUUCCGUCUUAUGCCAACAAGUUACUUUAAAGAGAAAGUCGAGGGGCACCGAUUGAUCAGGACGAAUCAGGAGCUCAAGAAGGAGCUUCAGAUUGUCAAGGAUGCACAGAGAGGACUGCUACACAGGGUCAAAAGGGUCAAGAAGGAAGACGAGACGGUGGAUUCUGAGCAUGAGGAUGAGGAGGGUUUGCUGCCGGGGAUCCUAAAUGACAAUCCACGUUUUGGAAUGUUUCAAACAGAUCUUAUAUUGAUGAUUAGCGAUACAGGAACGGUAGCAUACGAUGUUGGCACAAACGAGUGCUAUGUGGCGUCUUCAUCCACUGAGAUCCCUAAAAACCACUGCAGUCUUGUCACGAAGGAAAAUCAGAUCUUUGUCGCUGGAGGUCUGAUGUUCAAUGAGGAGAACAAAGAACAGCAGUUCAGCUCAUACUUUCUUCAGUUUGAUCCCAUGAGCUCUGAAUGGUUGGGGAUGCCCUCACUACCAGACCCUCGCUGUCUGUUUGGUCUGGCUGAGGCUGAGAACUCCAUCUAUGUGAUGGGAGGAAAAGAGCUGAAGGAGGGAGAACAUGCACUCGAUUCUGUUAUAGUCUACGACAGACAGUGA